AUGGAUCAUUCUGCAAAAAAAAUAAAGAACGAAAGUCCACAAUCUUCUCCUACACCUAGUGCUAACGUUGUCAAUUUAGAUGAAGAGAAUAACGUGUCAAGCACUUUUGUUGGAUUAGAGCAACCACCCGGUAGAAAAACAGAGAAAGAACGCCUUUGGAAAGGCAAAGCUUGUGCUCGUGAUAAUAGGAAUUCACCACUCACUUCAAUGAUCAUGCUACUAAAAUUUGAUGAAGAGAGCACAAAAAGAACAACUGAUUUUGAGCGAGCUACAUGCAACAACAAGAAUUCGGGCACAAAGGAAGUGGCAAGUCCAUGUAUUUCGGUAGAUUUAAUUUUUAGAAUUCCCCCGAGACUUGUUCUUGGUACAGGCGUAAAAGUAUUGUCUUCCCCUUUCUUCCACUCUCUGCUUCUGCUUUUGUCAUCAGUGGGCGGGGGACCUCACUGUCAUCAACCAUUAUAUCAUCCAUUUUUGGGUUCCACGAAAAUUUUCGUUUUACAGGGUUUUGGUUCCUGGGUAACCCGUUUACCACUAUCUGUGCCCAAAUUGGAGAAAAUAUAUCCAAAAAUCAGAUUGCAGGUGUCCAGUAUGGAUAGAUUUAACUGUAUAGCCUGGGUAGACAACGUGUGCCAGAAGUUUGAAGAUGUCUGCUUGGAGGCGGAUAAUAUCAUGCGGGAGGAAAUAAUUGGAGCUGCCGAGACUCAGUUGCAGACAAUGAGUGCCAGUGUAACGAAAUUCUUCUCUGAUCUUGUGGAUGAUGUUGUCCCUCAAUACUCUGCUGAUCAUGUGGUGGAAGAGGAAGCUCUUGACUUGUCUCCUGUACAAAAUUCCGGUGUCAUUGCACAUAAAAGAUCAGAAGUUAGUUUGGAUGAUGGCCACUGUGAAAAGGAGCCUUCCCUUGGGGAUCAUUUCCUCCGAUCAUGUCACCUGUCUUGUAUUAGGAGAAGGCAUUUAGAUCCUCACUUGAAGCAGAAUGAUGGUGGCACAGUACAUGAAAAAUCAAGGAUGAUUGUUAGGGGAAAUCCUAUAAAGGAGAAGGAAAAUCAGCUCAAGAGUUUGGAAGUCCAUGAGAAGAAAGAUUCAGUCACGACGGCAUUAUCCUCACCCUUAGAUGAUGAUACUGAGAGUUCGGAUAUCCUUGAGAAGAAAGAUUCUGUCACGCCAGUGUCAUCCCCACCCUUAGAUAAUAAUGAGAGUUUGGAUAUUCUUGAGAAAAAAGAUUCAGUCAUAGCAGCAUUAUCCUUGCAGAUGAGUACCAACAGUUUGGAUAACCUUGAGAAGAAAGAUCCAGCCAUGGAAGCAUUGUCCUCAGCUUUAGAUGAUAAUACAGAGAGAGAUUCUUUGAUUGGCGAAGAGAAGGGGAGCCGGUCUUCCAAUUGUUCUACUUUGAUGGGAUCCUGUGAAAGCGAAGUUUUGGACAUUGAGGUUGCUCUUAAUGUUGCCUUAGCAGAAUCAACUGGUGAUUCCUUUGAUGUCCGCGAGGUAGAGCUCUCAACCAUCCUACCAUCCAAUAAGGCAACGCUUGAUGAGAGUUGCAUCGUGGUCGAUAGUAAUGAACUUUCUGCCGUCUCUCAUGGCGUUAGAAGAAGUGGGUCUGACAAGAAAAAGUUGAGGUUGAGGAGCGUUUUCGCUUCGAGAAAGAAAGCUCAAGAUUAUUGGGAGUGUGAUCACAGUCAUCUUGAUGUGGGAUGGUAUGAACAGAAACGUAAUGUUUUAGAUAAAUCUGAAUUAGUAGAUGAUGGAUUCAGCGAUUCUGAGUGGGAGAUUGUUUAAGCAAAAUGCAAGAGGAGUCUGCAAAUAAGUUUGGCGAAGUCAAAUUGGCUUUGUGGCCUUAAUUGUCAUAAAUAAAUAAAGGAAUUUUGUUUCAGAUGAUGAUGAAUGUGGCUUUCAUGCCUCCGGUUGAAUGUACACAGGAAAUGAGGUGUUUAUAUAUCUAAUUACUGUUUUAACUUUUUAAUCAGCA